AUGUCACCACCUUUGCCCAACGAAGUUCUGCAGCAUAUUUUCUCCUUUCUCCGGCCAAGCCUCCGACGCAAGGGCCACGGUCAUGCAUUUGAUGCGGUCGCACCAGACCAUCUGGCGGAGGAGGCAUCCCGUCAAGUCACCCUAUCCCGUGUCUCACGCAGCUCCAAGCAGCUCCGACGGCUAGCUCUGCCAUUUCUCUACCACACGAUACCCAUGACUUCAGCCAAGCUCCUCCCUGAGAUGUCGAAGAACGCAGAGCUCGCGGGCUAUGUGAGAGCCAUCGACCUCAGUCACACGGGUAUAGAUCGGUCCACGUUGCGCGACGCAUUCAAAACUGCAAGACCUUGGUUGUCUCUGCCAUCUGCCUUCGAGCGCCUCUUAGAGCAAGCGAUCGAUCGCGUCGGCGACGAUCUCACCGACACCGGUGCAGAAGCCGCGCUUCAUUUGAGUCUCCUAAAGAACCUCGAAGCACUCGAAUAUCGCGGCUACAUUGGAUCCAACGACCUAGUUACGGCGUUUUUCGACGGCGCUGCGAGCAGUGACGAAGCGCAAGAAACCCAGGUGCCGCACCUGCGGGAGCUUCGGUUACGCCACUGGAGCGGCGAGAAUACAACGCGUAUCACCCAUGUUCAGCGGCUGCUGCAAAGCUCCGUGGAGAAGCUGUAUGCAUGUGCUAUCAACUGGGAGGUGGAUCCAAAUAGUGGUGAAGGAAGACCUCUUGCUGUAGGCCCGCAACUUUCUCUCAAACAUGUCGAUCUUGUGGAUGCCACCAUCAAUGGACCCGGAUUGGACGACAUGCUACAGCGCUGUCCUGACUUGAUAACUCUGAGCAUCGUUUGGGGUGACCCUUCUAGGAUGCCGACAUUUCCACUCGACUUCAACGCCAUAGGCGCAGCGCUCCGUCAGCACGCCCGCGGCCUCGAGAAGCUGACACUGGAUUGUUCAGAGGAGCUGAGCUACACGCAGGGCCAUAGCGAAGGGAGAUUAGGGCCACUCUCAGAGCUUCCAAAAUUGAAAGUACUCGUGGUGGCCCAGGAUGUCCUCGUGGGUGAAGACGAGGAGGAGGGGGAGGAAGAGCCCCUCAGCUUGGACCAAGUCUUGCCAAGUUCUCUUGAAGUUUUGCGUCUCUUGACCUGCCAAGAUGACGAAGAGAAUCUAGAUGAGCAAUUGGUCGACUUGAUCAAAGGCGGUCGGCUGUCAAAGCUACGAAGAGUCCAGAUGAAGCGCGACGAGGACUUUGCGGGGGACGCUGCUGAGUUAGGUUGGAAGCUAUGGCAUCGCUGGGAUAAAAUGAUUCUCAGUAGGCUGUAA